GCUGGGCUGGAACUAAGAAUCAUAGCACAUGUGUGUCAGCCUAUUCAUUUGUGGAAUUCAAGAAGGAAGUCAUGGGUUGUGUGUUUAAAGUUCAUUAACCCAGCAAGUCAAACAUAACAAGGUCAAAAAGUAAAUAAGGCUUCCUUUUAUGGCUACGGUCACAAAAACUGAAUGUAGGUGAGUAACAAAAUGAGCAAAGAGAGGCAAAAUAUGGGCAGUGUAGGAUGUGCGGCACAGGGAAGACAGUUUACUGGUUUGUAGCCACCAUAAACGAAAGUUUUAUUUACUCACAAAUAUUCACCAGACCGCAGACAUUUUGACAUGUCAUAGCAGGAAACUUACAAAGAUAGCUGCAUUCAACUUAGGGGAGGCUACAGUUGAUUCACUAUCCCUGCAACACAAACUGUGUGUUUUUCCUGCUGUGACAAGUCAAAAUAUCUGCUGUGCAACCAGCCCAUUAUGCUCCUCUGCCGCCACUUGAAUCAUUCAACUAAGUUCAAAGUGUGCCAAAAGUAGCUCUUGCACAAUCAGUCUUCUGUUGACAAAAAGAAAUUCACGUGUACUGAAUAGGACAGUGUGUUGUACCACAUGGUAAUUAUGUCACAAAAACCUGUUAAAUAAACCUUAAAAUUGCAUUUUUUGAUUAAAACUGCUGACCCACUUUGGAUUUUAUUCAUCCGUGCACAUGAGUGCGUACAGGCUGCAGCAACUCAAAGGUCAUAUUUUGCCUGAAAAUAAGAUCACAGCAAUGGCAGGCUCACCCAGUCCUCUGACCACCCAUGUGCUGAACACUGCAAUGGGAGUCCCUGGCUCGAACUUGGCCCUCAGUCUCUACCGACAAGACCCCUGCACUAAUGCCUGGAGUUUGAUUACCACUGGGAGCACUAAUGAUGAUGGACGCUGUCCAGGACUCAUCACAAGACAAAUGUUUAUAUCUGGUGUUUACAAAAUUCGGUUUGAAACAGCUCAGUACUGGGAGAGUAUGGGAGAGACCUGUUUUUACCCAUACGUUGAGAUUAUCUUUACUAUUGAUGACCCUGGCAAAAAGUACCAUAUCCCUCUGCUCCUGAGUCGUUUCUCUUAUAGUACCUACAGAGGGAGUUAGAGAUCAAGCGCGAUGAACCUCAUGAGGAUGCCUUCAUCUAUCAUCUGUCUAUCACAUCAAAAGUUAGAGGCAACUUCAAGAACUAAAAAUAAAGAAAUGUUUCUUCAAUUUGAAUAAUAAUGUUAUGAAUGUACAACUUCUGUGCAAAUAAACACUAAGCAAUCAA